UAAAGUUAGUUGACACAAUAGUAAAUGCGAUACAUGCUAGAGUCACGGAAGAGGCAAAAACAAACUCCAAAGAGAGACAUAUAAGAAAAAGACAAAAACCCUUAAGAAGCUUAUCACAUUCUUAAAGCACGAAAAUUCAGAAUAAGAUUCAGUCAUCCUUUAGCACAAAAAAAAAAAAAAAAAGAUCCAGUCAUCCAAUACUAGUUCCCCAGAAAUAAAGAGAGAGAGAUAUGCAUCAUUUUGUCCCUGACUUCGAUACCGAUGAUGAUUAUGUCAACAACCAUAAUUCUUCUUUGAAUCAUCUUCCUAGAAAAUCCAUUACUACUAUGGGUGAAGAUGAUGAUCUUAUGGAGCUUUUAUGGCAGAACGGUCAAGUUGUUGUUCAAAACCAGAGACUUCACACCAAGAAACCUUCUUCUUCUCCACCGAAGCUUCUUCCUUCUAUGGAUCCUCAGCAGCAACCUUCUUCAGAUCAGAAUCUUUUUAUUCAAGAAGAUGAAAUGACUUCUUGGCUUCAUUAUCCUCUCCGUGACGAUGAUUUCUGCUCAGAUCUUCUCUUCUCCGCCGCACCUACUGCGACGGCUACCGCGACGGUGAGUCAAGUCACCGCCGCGAGACCGCCAGUAUCUUCGACGAAUGAGUCGAGGCCGCCGGUGAGGAACUUCAUGAAUUUCUCGAGGCUGAGAGGGGAUUUUAAUAACGGUAGAGGUGGUGAAUCUGGACCGUUGCUUUCGAAGGCGGUUGUGAGAGAAUCUACGCAGGUAAGUCCUAGCGCAACACCGUCGGCGGCGGCGAGUGAAUCCGGUUUAACACGGCGGACGGAUGGUACUGACAGUUCCGCCGUAGCUGGAGGCGGCGCGUAUAAUCGGAAGGGAAAAGCAGUGGCUAUGACGGCGCCGGCGAUCGAGAUAACCGGUACAUCGUCAUCUGUAGUGUCAAAGAGCGAAAUCGAACCGGAGAAGACGAACGUCGAUGAUAGGAAACGAAAAGAGAGAGAAGCCACCACUACUGAUGAAACUGAAUCCCGUAGCGAGGAAACAAAACAAGCACGUGUAUCAACAACAUCUACCAAGAGAUCUCGUGCUGCUGAAGUUCAUAAUCUCUCUGAAAGAAAACGGAGAGAUAGGAUCAAUGAGAGAAUGAAAGCUUUGCAAGAACUUAUACCUCGCUGCAACAAGUCAGAUAAAGCUUCGAUGCUAGAUGAAGCUAUUGAGUACAUGAAAUCUCUUCAGCUUCAAAUACAGAUGAUGUCAAUGGGAUGUGGAAUGAUGCCAAUGAUGUAUCCGGGCAUGCAACAGUACAUGCCUCAUAUGGCGAUGGGUAUGGGUAUGAACCAGCCUAUUCCUCCUCCUUCCUUCAUGCCAUUCCCCAACAUGUUAGCCGCUCAAAGACCUUUGCCUACACAAACUCACAUGGCCGGGUCAGGACCGCAAUACCCUGUUCAUGCUUCUGACCCGUCAAGAGUCUUUGUACCGAACCAGCAGUAUGAUCCAACCUCGGGCCAGCCUCAGUAUCCAGCUGGUUACACGGAUCCAUAUCAGCAGUUCCGCGGUCUCCACCCGACCCAACCACCUCAGUUUCAGAAUCAAGCAACAUCGUACCCAAGUUCGAGCAGGGUGAGUAGUAGUAAGGAAUCUGAGGAUCACGGAAACCACACAACAGGUUAAUAAUGUCCAUGGAGCAACAAGAAGAUCUGUUUUCACAAGCAAACACAAUUUCUUAUCCGACCCGACCCAACCACCUCAGUUUCAGAAUCAAGCAACAUCGUAUCCAAGUUCGAGCAGGGUGAGUAGUAGUAAGGAAUCUGAGGAUCACGGAAACCACACAACAGGUUAAUAAUGUCCAUGGAGCAACAAGAAGAUCUGUUUUCACAAGCAAACACAAUUUUGAGAAAUUGACAGAGAGACCUAACAUGUAUAUAUAUCGCCAUCUGUUUCUUGUUUUUCUUUGGUUUGUUUUGUCCUCUCUUCUCAGGUUGUAUACUUAGAGAGCUGUACAUGUAAUGAUCCAGAGAUCUAGGAAUCAAUACAUAGAGGUUGCAGAGGCUUAGUGCAAAGAAUAAAUAUGAGAAAGUUAGGUUCAUAUACA